AUGUCCACGGAACAAAAAGCAAUCAGUACUCCUUCUCGGAACUUGUUAAAUGAUAAAUGGGACGUCGUUUUAUCUAAUGCCUUAAUCAAGACUGGUUUAGGAUUCGGUGGAGGUGUUUUAGCUUCCAUUUUGUUUUUUAAAAGGAGAUCAUUUCCCGUAUGGAUCGGAAUUGGAUUUGGAUUAGGUAGAGGUUAUUCUGAAGGUGAUGCUAUAUUUAGAUCUACCUAUGGCUUAAGAAAUGUCAAAGCAUAA